GAGCUGCGGGAUAAGAACAGCGCUGUCCUGAAGGCCUACAAGGAGCGGGAGGCCGACCUGGAGGCCCGGGACCAGAGGGUGGCACAGAGCACCGCUGCUGUGCACAGCUACACACAGCUGCUGUGCAGGCUGCACCCAACGGUGUCUGUUCCCUCAUCCCUGGAGGGCAGUGCGUGGCAGGAGGAGUUCGAGCGGCAGGUGCAGGCGGAAGUGCAGAAGGUGCAGAAGGAGCAGGAGGAGCAGGAGGUGGAGGUGGUGGAGGUCAUAGUGGAGAAGGAGGUGCAGGAUCCUGCACUGCUGGCCACCUUGCAGCGUCUGCAGGAGGACCACAAGUGCCUGCAGCAGAAGGCCAGUGGGCUGGAGAAACAGGUUGCCGAGCUCCAGAAAUCACUGGAAGAUAACAAACGCCUUCAGGCCGACAACAAAAACUUGACCGAAAACAAGAAGCAGCACGAAGACAACAAGAAGAUUUUGGAGGAAAACAAACUGCUGCAGGAGAGGGUACUGCACUACCAGUCUGUCCUCGACAGCACCGAGACGCUGCUGCAGAGCCUGCAGGCGUCGGUGGAGGGGGAGGAGGCCAAGUGGAUGUCAGUGGUGAAGGAGAAGGACGACGCCAUCCUGCAGAUCUCCAAGGAGAAUGACAGACUCGGCAGGCUGGUUGCCGAUCUGCAUCCUGCAGACCAGCAGCAGGAGCUGCAGCGCGUGAAGGAGGAGAAGGAGCAGCUGCUACAGGAGCUCGCCGCCCUACGCCAGAAGGCCGGUGAGGUGACGUCGCUGCGAGCGCUCGUGGCGGAGGGCGUGGACGCGGGCAGGCAGCAAGAGCAGCUCAUAGAGCAGCUGCAGGCGGCGCUACAUGCCAAGGAGACGCUGCUGCAGAGCCUGCAGGCGUCGGUGGAGGGGGAGGAGGCCAAGUGGAUGUCAGUGGUGAAGGAGAAGGACGACGCCAUCCUGCAGAUCUCCAAGGAGAAUGACAGACUCGGCAGGCUGGUUGCCGAUCUGCAUCCUGCAGACGUGAGUCUUCUUUCUGACACUCAACACUCGCUACACUCACCACUCGUUAAACUCACCACUCACUACACUCACCAGCCGUUAAACUUAUCACUCGUUAAACUCACCUGUCGUUGA